UCCAAUUGCUUUCUUUCGUCCAGCCAUGUGUCGGUUUGUGAUUUACAAAGGAACCUCCCCGGUCCAACUGUCCCACCUGCUCACACGGCCGGUGCAUAGCAUCAUCAACCAAGCGUUCGACUCGCGCCUACGGCUGGACCGCAGGCGUCCCAUGAAUGGGGAUGGUUUUGGAGUCGGUUGGUACGACUCUCAGUAUGAUGAAGAGUUGGGCCCACAGCCGUGCAUCUUCACGAGCGUGACCCCGGCGUGGAACAACAUAAACCUGACCCGUCUCGCGGAGAAGAUCAAGUCGCCUCUUGUGUUCGGACAUGUGCGAGCUACUACAGCAGGAUCUCUGAGUCUCGACAACUGUCACCCGUUUGUCCAUGGGAAACUCAUGUUCAUGCACAACGGUGGAAUUGGUCAGUGGGAGGAGAUCAAGCGAAGUUUACAGAAGGGACUGUCGGACGAGAUCUUCAAUGUGGUCCAAGGGAACACGGACUCGGAAUGGGCUUUCGCGCUCUUCCUCUCCAAGCUCCCGGACGCUAAUGCACGAACAUUCUCACCCGACGUUCUGCGCCAAGCGAUGCUUGAUACCAUUGCAUCGUUCAAUGACCUGGCGGAUGCCGCAGGGGUCACAGAACCUAGUCUCAUGAACUUUUGUGUCACUGACGGAGACACUGUGGUCGCCACGCGCUACAUCUCGUCUGUCAAAGAUGAAGCCGCUUCGCUUUGGUUCUCCUCAGGAACGACGUUCAGCGAAGACUGUGAGCCGGGCCAUUAUCGAAUGUCGAAGGCCGACAAGCGUGAAAACAUUAUCAUGGUUGCGUCUGAGCCGUUGACUUUCGAGCGAGCUGACUGGAUGGAGAUCAAAACCAAUACUCUCGUGGUUAUAACGCCACGUUUCAACCUGCUCAUGAUCCCUAUCCGUGACCAGUACUCCGCUCCGGGAGCCAUCCGCGCGACGGAGUUUGCCCAAGAGAAGGGAUUCCUACAUGUACACAAGGCUCCCUUGCGGAACUAAACUCUCUCGUUCUGUCGUCGCUUUCGAUUGUACUUUGAUCCAUCUUGCAUUAUCUUAUCUCUGAGCUGAUCUUCCA